CAAUGGCACUAUCAAAACAAUAUAGUUCUACUGCUACAGAUGUGAGAGAGGCCUCAUUAGACGGAACACAAGAUAAACAAAACAUCGCAAACCAUUCUUUGGUGCCAUGUAGUUAUACAAUCGAGCAAAAUUCAAAAAGCCACUUUACUGAAUUUGUCAACGAUAGGAACAUUAACUUUAUGUACAUUGAAGUAAAUUUUUCGCGGAGAAUGGAGACAGCACGAUCGAAGAAGCACCAAUUCUUUUCACCUGGCUAUCUUAUAUGGACAUAUAAAUCAUUUCCGGGAGCAGGGUAUCCUUUACUUGGUUACCCAUAUGACGUCAAAAUCCUCUCUCUCGGAUUCCUAACGUGGUACGUGUACGAUCAUCUGCAGAUUCAUGUUGACGUUGCACCUGAAAAUUGCUACGCAGAAUGGGGUGACGAUGGUACGAUGGAACGCCUACUUUCUACAUUUAGGGACUUGUCAAAUCAAACGAUAUAUGGAGAUACUACAUCGUGGUGUUAUGGAAUCAAAUUCCAGUGGGACUGGAUGAACAAUCUCAUCGUACAUUGGAUGCGAGUGGGUCGAGAUUAUACGGGAUAUAUGUGCAGCACGUUGCCGGAAAGUCCGUUCCGUUUCAAUGAGGUCAUAAAACAAACUCGGUUCUUGUUCUUCCUGCAAGUUUGCGGCGUGAUUCUCCUUUGUUACAGCCCAUUACUGCUUUAUAUUUUUGAUACAAGUGGUGAGAAAAAGAAAGAAGUCUGGUCAUUUUAUAGCUGCUUGAAGGAAGCGUUAAUCGAUGAAAGCGAAACGGACAGCAAGAAAAAUGAAAAUGAAGAUGUCAGCGCAAGAGACACGCAGGACACAAGGUCUUUUGAUAAUAUGCAAUAUGAGAACGAAACGGAUGAAAAUAAAGCGACCAGUGGAGAUGGUGGAGACACCAAUAGUGAGGAUAAAAUCAAGGAAAAAUGUUAUGGCUUCUCAAAUUUAGCUUAUAUUGGGGAAAGCGAAAUGGUCAAUGCUGGGGGAAAAGUCAACAUAAGGUUUGGACACAAAAUGGACUCUGAGAAUAAAACAGGUGAUUCCAACAAUAAAGAUGAAGGAGAGGUCGACACAAAGUCUGAAGGCAAUCUGAACUUUGAGAGUGACCGUGAUAUCGACGAGAUUAAAACAGAUGAUUCGGAUAAUGAACGAAUCUGUGGUGAUGAAGAAUAUGUUGGCACAAAGUCAGAAGACAAUGGGAACUGUGACGAAAACCUUGGUAUCAACGAGGAACAAGAAUGUGAUACAGACGAAGUUGCUGAAUACUUUUUUCAGGGGGAUGUGCAUUUAUCCUUUUUUGUACUUUUGAAUGGUUGUUUUGAAAAAUUAAAAAACUCUGGUGACUUUAAGUUGAAAUGGUUAUUGAAGCUUUUCUUUCUGAUUGUCAUCGUCCCGUUUGUUCUUUAUAUCAAGAUGAUUGUAUAUUACUUCCUUUUGAGAGACGGUGUUCUUGCUCGGAUGGAACAAGACAUCCCUGUUGGAUUCGUCGCGGUGCCGUUUGGCUUUGAAGCUAGCAGAAGGAAUUGGUCAUAUUUCAUGGGUGGACCUUAUGUCAUAUAUGGAGUGUUUUUUGUAUUGGCAGGUAUAGUACUUCUCUGUCUAAGUGAUAACAUUACUGUUUGCCUUUGUGCUAAGCUUGGGUCUAGCAGAGGUUCAUAUGAUGAAGAAAGAGAAAAAUGGAAAUGGGUAGACAAUAGACUGGAGCGCGUUCUUCAUGAUGCAUUUCUAAAGCCCGGAGCAUCUCAUUUGCUCCAGUCUAUAGAUAAUGCGGAUAUCGAGAUCCUAGGUGGAAUAGAGUACAUGAAGUUAGAUGACAGUUUUAAAAAAUUCACCAAAGCUUUGAAAGCACGCCUAUACAUGCUGUUCAACAAACAUUUCUGGUCGCAUUAUUUCAAGACAUGGGAAAAACGAUUCAUGGUCAUCAGGUUCUGUAAACCUCGGUGUAUAUCUAAACAUAUUGAAUUUUGUAAUGUUGAAUUCACCUCGGUCUCUGAAUGCCUUUCGUGGUCUUUGCAGUACAUGGUCUUUAUCAUAUGUCUCAUACCAUGGUCAGUGUUGUGCUUUUUGGGAUGCAUGCUUGAUUUGUUUUCAUGUUUGAUGAUUUAUGGUGUUCCGAUUGUCUUUUUGACAAAAAGCCUAUUCGUAAAUUUCUUUUUCAUCAGUCUGGACAUUCUAAUUCAUCUGAAAUGUCUGUAUUAUAUAACUCGAUAUAAGCUGCCCUUAAUAUACUUUAUUCUGAUAAUAUUUUCUAUCUUGACGGGCACAAUUUACAUCUAUAUCAUGUUCUGCUUAUAUAACAUAUACGGAUCAUCUACCACAUACAUCUCACAGACUGUCGCUUUUACAUUAAUGGGUAUUGUUGCUCAUCCAGCCGAGGCGUCAACAUAUAUAGUCGUUGUUGCUGCCAUUGUUGGGUACAUAUGGAAAGCAAUCGAUGAUUAUAAUUGUAUUUAUAGUGAUCUCCUAGAACGAACCAUAAAAAUAUCAAAAGCUAUACAACAUGACUCGGUGAAACUUAACGAAUUUAAAACCCCAGGGAUCAAGAAAUCAUUGUAUUUCUUUUUGGUCGAAAAGCAUAAGCCACCACGAGUUGAACACUUUCUUACGCUCUUGUACCUCUGUAUCGUCAUCUCUUUUAUUUGGGUGGCUGUCACUGUUGUUCAAAUAUAUAAUCAGGAUUCCGAGUUAGAUGGUGUCAUACAGUUAGGAUCAUCUAUUGUUUUUGGCUUAAUUCCUCAGUUAAUCGGGUGGUGUUUGCGUUCAAAAUCAUCUUCUCGACGUGAUAAAUUGUUUGAAAAGAAACUACGACAGAGCAUUGAGCAAUACUGGAGUCUCUGCUCAAAUGGGAUAGAGCAAUAUGAAAACCUCUGCCCAGACGAAACUGAGCAAAAUAGAAAACCUUGCUCCGACGGGACAGAUAUUUUAUACUGAAUUUGUCAUGCAUUUUCAAAAUAAUCUUAAUGUUUAAAAAGUACUUGUCAUGCGGGUUAAAGGGGCGUACUGCAUUAUUUUCUAAUUCC